CAGUGGCGGCGGCGGCGGCUCCGGGAGCCGGCGCGAAUCCGGCCCCCGGUGCGGGACCCGGGCAGGUCUGGUAGAGCCCCGCCUGGGCCCAAGUGUGCAGAGGAUGGAAACACUCCCCCGGCAAUGUCUCUGGGCCGCCUCCUUCGCCGAGCCUCCUCCAAAGCCUCGGACCUCUUGACCCUCACCCCCGGUGGCAGCGGUGGGCCCCCUUCCGUCCUGGAUGGGGAGAUCAUCUACUCCAAGAACAAUGUCUGCGUGCACCCGCCAGAAGGGCUGCAGGGGCUGGGGGAGCACCACCCAGGCUACCUGUGCUUGUACAUGGAGAAGGAUGAACUGCUGGGGGCCACCCUCAUCCUCGCAUGGGUCCCCAACUCCCGGAUCCAGAAGCAGGACGAGGAGGCGCUGCGUUACAUCACCCCCGAGAGCUCCCCCGUGCGCAAGGCACCCCGCCCUCGGGGCCGGCGUACCCAGAGCUCGGGGGCCCCCCACCCGCCGUCCCCCAUGGAGCCCAGGCCCACCCUAAUCCCCAGAGAUGAGGACAUCCUGGUGGUGGCCCAGAGCAUCCGAGACCCCGAGCGUGUCAGCCCUUCGCCCGAGGACGGGGAGAAGCUGGCCCUGGGCCUGGGGACAGACAGCUCCCUCCUGGCCUCUCAGCCGGCCCACAGCGACUCGGGAAUCUUGUCGGCGGUCAGUUCGCAGGACGGGACGGAAGAGGGCCGGGAGCCGCGACCCGAGGCGGGCGAGGAGGAGGGCUCCUUGGAGCUGUCGGCCGAGGGCGUGAGCAGGGCCAGCUCCUUCGACUCAGACUCAGAGGCCUUCUCUUCACCCUUCUGCCUCUCGCCCAUCAGCGCCGCACUCGCAGAGAGCAGCAGCUCCGUGUUCCUGGAGAGCGAGAGCGGCUCCCCCUCCAGCGUGGACGCCCACCUGCAGUUCCCGGACAGCAGUGACCUCCUGCAGCCCCCGCGCUGGGACGAGCCGCAGCGGGCCUGCGCCUUGGAGCAGAUCUGCGGUGUGUUCCGAGUGGACUUGGGUCACAUGCGCUCCCUCCGCCUCUUCUUCAGCGAUGAGGCCUGCACCAGCGGCCAGCUGGUCAUCGCCAGCCGGGAAAGCCAGUACAAGGUGUUCCACUUCCACCACGGUGGCCUGGACAAGCUGCCCGACGUGCUUCAGCAGUGGAAAUACUGCGCAGAGACGCACCUCAAAGACCAGCAGGUCGCCGACGAAAAGACGUGCAUGCAGUUCUCCAUCCGGCGUCCCAAACUGCCGUCUUCCGAGACGCACCCCGAGGAGAGCAUGUACCGACGGCUGGACGUCGCGGCCUGGCUCCGCCACCUGAACGCGCUGGGCCAGGUGGAGGAGGAGUACAAGCUCCGCAAGGCCAUUUUCUUCGGCGGCAUUGAUGUGUCAAUCCGGGGGGAGGUCUGGCCCUUCCUGCUGCGUUAUUACAGCCACGAGUCGACGUCGGAGGAGAGGGAGGCGCUGCGGCUGCAGAAGAGAAAGGAAUACACCGAGAUCCAGCAGAAAAGGCUCUCCAUGACCCCUGAAGAGCACAGAGCGUUCUGGAGGAACGUGCAGUUCACCGUGGACAAGGAUGUGGUACGGACAGAUCGAAGCAACCAGUUCUUCCGAGGAGAAGGCAAUCCCAAUGUGGAGAGCAUGAGGAGGAUCCUGCUGAACUAUGCGGUGUACAACCCAGCCAUCGGCUACUCCCAGGGCAUGUCGGACCUGGUGGCCCCCAUCCUGGCCGAGGUCCUGGACGAGUCAGACACCUUCUGGUGCUUUGUGGGUUUGAUGCAGAACACGAUCUUUGUCAGCUCUCCUCGGGAUGAGGACAUGGAGAAACAGCUGCUGUACCUGCGGGAGCUGCUGCGGCUGACGCACCUGCGCUUCUACCAGCACCUGGUCUCGCUGGGCGAGGACGGCCUGCAAAUGCUCUUCUGCCACCGCUGGCUGCUGCUGUGCUUCAAGCGGGAGUUUCCCGAGGCCGAGGCUCUGCGGAUCUGGGAGGCCUGCUGGGCCCACUACCAGACGGAUUACUUCCACCUUUUCAUCUGUGUGGCCAUUGUGGCCAUCUACGGGGAUGACGUCAUUGAGCAGCAGCUGGCCACCGACCAGAUGCUUCUGCACUUUGGAAACCUGGCCAUGCACAUGAAUGGGGAGCUUGUUCUCAGGAAGGUACGUGACCUUCCUGCCCUCUGAGCCUCAGUUCCGUCAUCUGUAGAAUGAGAACGGCGCUGCCCUCCCAGCCCACCUCACAGGACUGCCGUGGGGACUCUCCAGGUGAAGGUGUCAUGAAGAUGGUGUACCAGCCCCAGGGGCUUCACCUGCCACUCAGGGAAGAGACCACUGACCUUGGCCUUGCAGCCUUGGCAGAAAGGCGGCAUGCUCCCAACCCGAGAGCUCGCCCUGCUUUGAGAGUCAGCAAACCUGCUCCCUUCUACACGUCCACUUUGCUGCAUGUCCCCGACUAAGGGGGACCUCUCUGUGCCUCUUCUGUGAAAUUCACCCUGUGCCACCCCACUCCUGCCAUGAGAAAAACCAACCAUAAGCCAUGACCUUGGUGACCCCGAGAGAUGUGUCUGUGUGCCGUGUGCCCAGCUCUGCAUCAGGGAUGAGGUCCAGGCCUCGGACCCCCACGGCUGUGAAACCCACUCAAGCGGGGGGCUGUGGCCUCCUGGGUCAGGCUGUAGAGACUGGAGAGGGGUGUCCCUGGGCCUCUUGGGGGCAGGGUGGGCAUGCAAACAGCCUGCAGGCAUCUGGCCGUUAAACACAUUGUGCUGAAUUUCUAGGUAGGAAAGUACAUUUCAAGUUCAGAGAUCAAGUCACUUGGUCAUCUUCUUUCCAGCACCUUGUGUUAGUCAGAGGGCAGGGUUUCUGUUGUUUAAGGGAAAGUUUAAUGAAAUUCCCACCAUUACCAAGAGAUUACUGAUGUCCGUGGCUAGGGAUUCGUUCUCUGUAUUUCAUUUUGUUUUCUUUUUUAAAUACAAUCGCCCACUGGUCAGGCCAUGCCCCAGGCUUGGGACUGGCCACCCUGACCCCUGGGGCCACAGCCCCCACUGUGCUUCUGGCUCUCAUGGAUUCCACUGCAAAGUAAAUAAAAUCAUA